CGUUGCCGCCGCCAUGUUGAUGCUGGGCCGCAGGCCGGACGCCAGGGACAAUCAAACUAGACAAAUGCGGGACGCAGUGUCGAAUGUGGAACACCAUUUUGGUGAACUGUGCCAAAUAUUUGCAGCAUAUGUACGAAAAACAGCCAGAUUGCGAGACAAAGCAGAUCUUCUAGUGAAUGAGAUACAUGCUUAUGCAGCAACAGAAACACCAAAUUUAAAGCUUGGAUUAAAAAAUUUUGCAACUGAAUUUUCCAAACUUCAAGAUUAUCGCCAGGCUGAGGUGGAAAGAUUGGAAGCUAAAGUGGUUGAACCCCUGAAAAGUUAUGGGACCAUUGUAAAACUUAAGAGAGAGGAUCUCAAAGCAGCUUUAACAGCAAAGAAUCGAGAAGCCAAGCAGUUGUCUCAGCUGGAAAGGACCCGUCAACGUAAUCCAUCAGAUCGGCACAUUAUUUCACAGGCUGAAAGUGAACUGCAGAGAGCUUCACUGGAUGCUACUAGAACAAGUCGACAGUUGGAGGAAACCAUUGACAACUUCGAAAAACAAAAAAUAAAAGACAUAAAGAACGUAUUUUCAGAAUUUAUAGCAAUUGAGAUGUUAUUCCAUGGGAAAGCCUUAGAGAUUUACACAGCAGCCUACCAAGCUAUAGAAAACAUUGAUGAGAAUGAAGACUUAGAGGUAUUCCGGAGCUCUCUGUAUCCUCCAGAGCACCAGUCUCGUUUGGACAUUGUACGUGCGAAUUCAAAGUCUCCUCUCCAGAGAACUGGUUCAUCCAAGUCUUGCACUGGAAUAGUUCAGAUUUCCAGGAAUCGGUUAAAAAAGGAAGAGGAGGAGGAUGAAGAUGAGGAUGAAGAAGACGAGGAGGAGGAGGAAGAAUUAGACGCCUCCAAGGACGAGAGAUAG